AUGUGCCCUUGCAAAAAGCUCGCCACAACCUUCUUGCAGGUAAUUUGGCGGGAAUUCUCCUAUUUUUAAAGAAGAAUAAAAGGCUGGGACGCAUUUGACGUAAUGACGUGCAGAAAGAAAAAUCUGCUUCCCGAUGUAUUGUGGGAACUGUAGUCCGGGAGUUUGAGAUGAUCUGAGAACAGGGAAGAGCUGACCUGCUUCAGAAUUGCAGUUGCGAGGGAAAGCAGCAGAUCUGUUUUAUUAAUUUGGUUCGUGCAGUAUCUAAUAAGGACUGGAAUUGUUCUUGUUGCUUCUGCCGCCCACGCUCGCAGGAAAGGAUAGAGAAGUCUAGCCUGCCUGACUAAAUGGCAGAAUAAGUGGGGUGGGUUGUAUCUGUGAUCAGAUUUGCCACAAGUCUGAUUGAUUCUGGUCUUGUGUCUGCUUUUUUCUAUGUUUUCAUACUGUGUGCAGACUAAAUUGGAGCUGGCAUGGCUUGUUACUUUUGGACUAAACACUCAAAGACAGGCUAUCAGCUCCGUGUCUAAGAGGUCAUUAUAGUUUGGAGAAUAUGACUAGUCCCAAAGUCUUCUGCUUUUUAUUAAAAUGAAAUGAAAACAAGUGUUUGUUUUUGUUUUUGAAAAUAGCUCAAUACAGAAGACGAGGCAAUGCAGGUAUGUUUUUUUAAUACCAUAUUGUUAUAAAAAAAUUACACCCACUUAUUUUAUAUCUGAGCCUCUUCUCAAGGGCCUCUUCCAAAAGCUUGACAUUGUGACACUUCCCCUUUUUAGUUUUGUAUAGGGAAUACACAGGAGUGGAGUUGAUGUGGGACUAGGCUCUCACACCAAUUUCCCCAGCACUAUUUAGCAGCUAUGGAGCCUGGAGUGGGCGCUACUCCACAAGGGGCAGCUACUUGUGAAAGCCCACUGCUGUAGUCCGUUGCUGCCUUUUCUCAGCCCUUUGCACUGCUCUUCAGCAAAAUAGAAAUAGAAAUGGAGAAUUAGGCUAGAGCAGGGGUCACCAAACUUUUUCAGCAGGGGGCCGGUCCACUGUCCCUCAGACCUUGUGGGGGGCCGGACUAUAUUUUUAAAAAUAUAAAUACUAUGCAAGCCGGUCCCACAGCUGCCUCUGGACCUGGAAGAGGAACGCACUCUGCACAUGCUCAGGAGCGUGUCUCUGUGCCAUCCGCUCACCGGCGUUGUUGAUGAGCAGCAGCCGCUCUAUCAGCCCGUCCCCGCGGAGCUCCCAGGCGGUGUGACCACGCACUGUAGCCCAUCGUCCGAGGCCAAGUCAGCGGGCAGGCUGCACAUGUGGAGCGCCGGAAAGGCGACGCGCAGCUUGCCCUCCAGCUCACCAGCACACCAGCAGCAGUGAGCCAGGCGCGGGGCCAGCAGGCACACCAAGCUCCGGCUGAAGCCCUGUGAUGUGCCCAUCACGAUGCUCAUGGUGCGGUCCAGACCCGCCGCCUGCCCACCAGCCUCUGCGUCCAUGGCCACACCAGCUUUACCUUAGUGCGCGGGCGGCGAGGCUUCGGAUUGCCUGCAGAAGCUGCCUGCAGCCAAUGCGAACUAUGCAGCGUUGUGGAAGUCAGUCCCCAAGUGGUGAGGCGUCCGCGGUUUCUUUUCAAGGAAAUGCCGCACAAGUUUAGCUCAGCAGGGACUGACCGAGCGGGCGGCAGGGUCCACGGGCCGGAUUUACGAGCUUGCUGGGCCUCAUCCAGCCCCCAGACCAUAGUUUGCCGACCCCUGGGCUAGAGCGACAUCUAUCAUGCCAUUGUGCAUGGUUAUUGGAAUAUGCUGCAUAGUGUAAAUACAAGAUAAUUCAUUCAUUCCCAAACUAUAGUUUAAACACUGAGUUCAGAUGUCACAAAGAAUUGUGGUUAGUUUUAAAUCAAAAUCAGUUACUACUCACAGAUGUAGGGGACAGAAGAAUGUCUAUAUGUGUAGGCCCGAAGCUUGCUGCAGCUUAUUCUCAUUCUGGGAAAUCACUGCUUCCCAUUGAUUACAUCUGCACCACGUAAAUGAUUUAUUUCUCAUAUAGCAGUCUCAGUCCAGUAAACUAUGUGUAAUUGGACUGAGAUUUAGCACUGUAUCCAUGUGCUCUUUCUUUCACAACUGUAACAUAAAAAUUACGAGGUUCGUUAAGUUUCCUGGUUUCAUGACCUGAUUUGUAGUCGGAGAUUAAACCACAGUUUUCUGAUUCAUGCAUAUUGGAAAAUAGGUUUUGCAUUAUGGCAUACAAAAAGGGGAUCUUCAUCCAGCAAACCAUAGUACAUUGGACUAAAAUAAUAUAUGUGAACCAGACUCAGCAUGCAGUUAGUGCUAUAUUGUAACCUUUGCCCUCUGCACUAUAGUAAAGCCCAAACCUAUGGCAGCUUUCAUUUUCUAUAUUGUAUUUCUGUGAAAGCUUUUUUUUUAAGCAAAUUAUUUUCUUUUCUGCAGCCACUAAGACGAUUGAUGAGAAUAGCUGCUGUGAGUAGCUCUCCCUUUUUCUUUUAUUCCACUGCAUAUUUCCACAAUGUUAAUGCUGAUAUGACCAGAGAGCAUCCAACCUACUAAGAAAUGGCAUCUACAAAGCAAAGAGCCAUUCCUCGUAGGGUGUCUCAUGAGAGCAAAUGCAAAAUAUGGUUAAGAAUAUAAGCUGUGAACUUGCAGUUCUUUUGCUUCAAAGCUCACCUCAGCCAACUCAACAGGUGUCCCUCAGUCAGAAACAUGCUUCAUAAAGAAUACAGGGCUGAUAUCACUCCUUUCACAAUAUUCACUUCAACUGAUGCUGUGCUGUGUGCUUACUGACACCCUCUAGUGGCGCCAGGGAGACAAAACCACAGCAGGAAAAUGUACAGUAGGAUCACAGAUUGCAUGCAUUUAAUUUGCACAACCACAGCUUUGCACGCUUGGCCAUGAGCCAGCUGAUAUCACAAAUUAAACACACACAAGGUGGAGAACCUAAAAGCUCGUAGACCUGCUUUCUGGGCUCUGGGAAGGUCUUGCACUGUCUCUGGAGCCCUUUGCAAGUCUGGAUUCCAAGCUUUAUAUUACACAUGCAAAAUUGAAUGUUGCUUGUUUUAAAUAAUUUAUUCUGGUUCUGCUAGUUAAAGAAGAGGCAAAAAAUGGUUUGUGGCCACUGAUAAGAAAAAUAUUCCUAAACCCAUCACUGGCUUCUGAGAUUUUACUAGACACCACCAAUGUGGAAUCAUAUAUAUAUAUUUUAAAAAUAAUAUUUAUUAAUUUUUCAACAGUUUAAACACAACCCUACAGAAAACCCAAAAAAACAACAAUACAAUACAAUACAAAAAACACUACAAAACACUAACACAAACAACUAACAAAACAAAACAAAAACCAUUUAAAACACAAUCCAAUUUCAAUAUCUUAUCUUUCAUUCACUUAUUUCCACGACCUCCUCACACCUCCCCUUUGUAUUCCACUUCUAUUAAUUGUUUCAGCAAUUCCUUUCCAUCUUCCUCUGUUUUCUAUCCUAUAAUUAUCUUAACACAUUCUAACCUUAUUUUUCCCUUUAAUACUGUAUUAAUCUAUCUAUACUUAAUUCCUUAUAACAUUUCUACUAAAGCCAUAUAACUUCAUUCCAACAUUUUUCUAACAUUCAUUAAUUUUAUAGUAUUUCUGUAAAUAGUCUUUAAAGUUUUUCCAGUCUUCUUCCACCGAUUCUUCUCCCUGGUCUCGGAUUCUGCCAGUCAUUUCCGCCAGCUCCAUAUAGUCCAUCAACUUCAUCUGCCAUUCUUCCUGGAUGGGUAAAUCUUGUGUCUUCCCAAUGUGGAAUCAUAUAUAGUGUACCUCGGGUUACAUAUACUUCAGGUUACAGACUCCCUAAUCCAGAAAUAGUACCUCUGGUUAAGAACUUUGCUUCAGGAUGAGAGCAGAAAUCGUGCAGCGGCGGCACAACGGCAGCAGGAGGCCCCAUUAGCUAAAGUGGUGCUUCAGGUUAAGAACAGUUUCCGGUUAAGUACUGACCUCCAGAACGAAUUAAGUACGUAACGAGAGGUACCACUGUAUUUGAAACCAAGGAGGUUGAAACUUGGUUGUUGUUGUUGUUUUUGAAGUGAAAGCCACAGGCAUUUUGAGCCUGUUAGAAUAACCUGAAGAACUAGGACAACUGUGUUCAUUUCAUGGUGUUUCUUACCCAUGUCUGUUCUUCCCUUGCAGAAGGCGGCUGCCAGAGCAAAACAAGAGGCCGAGCCGCAACUGGCAGCAGCCCCUAAGGUAAAUGCUAUAAAAAAAUUUGUGUGUUUUAAAAACAUAGAAUAAUUGUGAUUUUGCAUCCAUAUAAUUGCUUAGUGUUUCGGUGAAGGAUCAGACUGAAAAUCUUAGCAGUUUUCUGAGGCAAUCACAGCUCUUCUGCAGUUGGAACAAAGCCUGGCCUAAACGGGUCUAUCCAGAAGUAAUGGCAUCUACAAAGCAAAGAGCCAUUCCUCGUAGGGUGUCUCAUGAGAGCAAAUGCAAAGUGUGGUUAAGAAUAUAAGCUGUGAGCAAUUCUUUUGCUUCAGAUCUCACCUCAGCCAACUCAACAGGUGUCCCUCAGUCAGAAACACGCUUCAUAAAGAAUAUAGGGCUGAUAUCACUCCUUUCACAAUAUUCACUUCAACUGAUGUCACUGUGCUGUGUGCUUCCUGACACCCUCUAGUGGCGCCAGGGAGACAAAACCACAGCAGGAAAAUGUACAGUAGGAUCACAGAUUGCAUGCAUUUAAUUUGCACAACCACAGCUUUGCAUGCUUGGCCAUGAGCCAGCUGAUAUCACAAAUUAAACACACACAAGGUGGAGAACCUAAAAGCUCGUAGACCUGCUUUCUGGGCUCUGGGAAGGUCUUGCACUGUCUCUGGAGCCCUUUGCGAGUCUUGAUUCCAAGCUUUAUAUUACACAUGCAAAAUUGAAUGUUGCUUGUUUUAAAUAAUUUAUUCUGCUUCUGGUAGUUAAAGGAGGGGCAAAAAAUGGUUUGUGGCCACUGAUAAGAAAAAUAUUCCUAAACCCAUCACUGGCUUCUGAGAUUUUACUAGACACCACCCACAUGGAAUCAUGCCUGUUCUUCCCUUGCAGAAAGCGGCUGCCAGAUCAAAACAAGAGGCUUAA